CUCUAAUCAUAAAGAAACAUUUGACUUUCGGUUUGGUGUUGCUCGGGAGCCGUUUUAUCAUCUGUAAUAUUAGAAUAAAGACCAAACAUCUUCUCCGACAUCAUGCAGGGGUUUGUCUUUAUUCUUCUACCAGCUCUGAUCUGCUGUUCACUGGCCAAGGAUGCUCCACCCAAGGUCCAGGUGUACACCCGUGUGCAAGAAGAGAUCGGGAAAGCCAACAUCUUAAUCUGUCACGUGACUUGCUUUUACCCGCCACUGAUCACCAUCGAUCUGCUGAAGAAUGGAGAGACAAUUCCGAAAGCCAAUCAGACCGAGCUGGGUUUCGAGGACAACUGGAACUACCACCUGACCAAAUCUGUGGCCGUCACCCUCACCCAAGAAGACAAGUUCAGUUGCAGAGUGAAACACUUGGGGAAGUCCAAAGAUCACCAUUUUGAACUUAGCCUGUAAGCUCCGUGGUCCACCAUGUUCCAGGUCUGCUCAGUCUGGAGGAGGUGAUGAAGAUUUGAAUGAAAAAUCUGUACUCUUGACUUUUACAGCUGAAAGUGAAAGUGUUUUCCGCGGAUCAGUGAAAUCCACUUGGUCCAGCCUUAAAUCGACUACGUUUACAUAGACACCAAUAGUCAAUCAAUCAAAUUUUUGAGUAUGGCCCAUAUUCACACAUCACAAUUUGUCUCAUGGGGGUUUAACAAGGUGUGACAUCCUCUGCCCUUAACCCUCAACAAAAGUAAGGAAAAACUACAGAAAAAAAAACCUUUUAACAGGGUAAAAAUAAGGCCACAGGUGAGGGAUCCCUCUCCCAGGAGGGACAGAUGUGCAAUAGAUGUCACGUGUAAUAGUCUGACUAUUAAGCUUAUUUUAGAGGAAUAGUUCACCCAGAAAUGAAAAUUCACUCAUUAUCAACGCGCCCUUAUGCCGGUGAGGGGGUUGGGUGAAGUGUUUGAGUCCACAAAACACUUUUGGAGUUUCAGGGGUAAACAGCGUUGCAACCGAAUCCAAUACAAUUGAUGAAAUUAGUGACUUAUCUUCAGACGUAAUAAAACAACAGAAAAAGACACAACAUGCCUCCGUGGGCUUGCGGACACUUGAGUGACAACACACGAGCACUAUGGAAGCAUGUUAGGGUUUUUCUGUUGUUCUAUUACGUCUGUAGAUGGACUCGCCAUUGACUUCAAUUGUGUUGGAUUCUGCUCUAGAAAGUUUACCCCUGAGAUUCCAGAUGUGCACUUCGCCCACCCCUCCAUCGGCAUAGUGGUGAAUAAUAGUUAAUGAGUGAAUUUUCAUUCACUAUCCCUUUAAGUAAAGCAUUAUUGAGGUGACAAAAAUACGACCUACAUGUCAAUGACACAAAAUGCUGUGAAAACUCCAGAAGAAUGUUAUAAUUAAAUUGAGAUGUAUAAAUGUCUACAUGCGAUUGAGAUUGGAAUACUUAGCAAUAAUCAAAUUAAGACGUAGAGUGUUCCAAGUGGCCUUAUGUAGACAUUUAUACGUCUCAAUGACUAUAUAACAUCCCAUCAGAGUUUUUGCAACAUUUGCAACAUCCACAUUCAGUUACAGAAUUCUAGACGUCAUAAUCAGACUGGGCUGUCCAACAUGUAAACGGGAUAUGAAGCCAAUAUUCUUUAAGUUACUCAUGGAAUCAUCAUAAUAAGAAUAAUGUCCUGUUCAGAAUAAGUGAACAGGACAUUCAGUGGUCAGAUUGUUGCUGUCCAUGUAAACAAAGUCGAUGUGUUUGUUUGUCUCCACCUAGAUAACUCCCAAAAUUAUCAGGCAUAUUUAGGAGACUAAUGUUUAUGAGUAUGUUUAAUCUGGUGCAGCUUGAGUGAGUCUAUGGAUUUGUCCGACCUGAAACGGGCAAAUAGGAAAUCUCUUCCUGAUGCAAUCUCAAAGACAACAAAAACAAUAGUCCAUCAAAAGCAUUUUUUGUUAAUAUAAAUUUGACAUCAGGAGCACAUGAGUGUUUAUUGUCAGAAAUGUGGUCUCGAGGUUGAGAUUGUAAUAACCUGCUUUUACAUUUUUGCAGUGGCCAUUGUAAAUAUGAUUUUUAAUCAUUGACUCAACAUCAUCAUGUAAUGAAAGCUAAAGCACUAUCUUUUAAUCACUGUUUUUUAAGAAUCUCAGACUAUCAAAUAAAGUGAAAAAUAAGAGAGCUGUGUGGGACACAUUUAUGAAAUAAAGCACUUCUUCACUGGG